CCCGCAGCCCAGCGCAGCCUGGCGCGCGCCGCCGCCCACUCGCCCCGUGCCCGCGGCAGCCCGAACCUGGCCCUGGCCCAGAGCCGAGGGGACAGCAGGGAUCGCGAGCUCCUGCUCCCAGCGAGGGGCGCGCCAGCCGAGGAGCCGGCACCUGAAGGACAUGGAGGAAAGGCCGGCAGAGGCCAACGCCAAUGUGGACAACUCCGCGUCCCCCUCAGUGGCCCAGCUGGCUGGACGGUUUCGGGAGCAGGCAGCUGGAGCCAAGGAGAAAUCGCCCAACACCAGCCACCCUCCUAAAAUCAAAGUGAAGAGCUCGCCUCUGAUUGAAAAGCUUCAGGCCAAUUUAACCUUUGACCCAGCAGCUCUACUGCCUGGGGCCUCACCCAAGAGUCCUGGACUCAAGGCCGUGGUGUCACCAUUUCACAGCCCGCCUUCCACCCCCAGCAGCCCAGGCGUGCGGCCUCGGCCCGGCGAGGCAGAGGAGGUGCCCGUCAGCUUUGACCAGCCUCCCGAAGGCAGUCAUCUGCCCUCUUACAAUAAGGUACGGACGAGGGGCUCCAUCAAAAGGCGCCCCCCCUCCAGGCGGUUCCGAAGGUCUCAGUCGGACUGUGGGGACCUGGGAGAGUACAGGGCCACAGAGUCAUCUCAGGAGAAUGGUGCCACAGAAGAGAACGGGGAGGAGGUGUUCACCUCCAAGAGCAAGGCCCCAGGAUCGCCUCCAUCCAGUGAGGGGGCAGAGGGAGAGGGAGGGAGGAGCCACCCAGAACCUUUGGAAAAGCCCCCUCUGAGGAGGACAGAGAAGCAGGAGAAGGAUGGGGCCGCAGAGGAGGCCAAGCUCAGUGCCCCGGAGGAGGCCCCGGGACCAGCCCAAACCAUCUCCAGCCCAAAGGCAGAGAAUGGGUGUGGGAGCCCCAGUGAGGAAGACCGAGCCGGAGAGGAAAGGGAGACCGGAGAGGCUAUGGAGGUGAAAAAGGAGGGGGAGCCAAGGGCAGAGGCCAGGCCUGGACAUGAGGCCCACGACACACAGAAGCCAGAAGAGGGAGCCGUCAUGGAGAGGCCCCCAGAGAGUCCCCCCGGAGGAGUGGAGGGAGACAACAGCCCCAAGCUGGAGAAGGACAAGAAAAAGCAAGAGGAGGGGGCGGUUCUCGAGCCAGGCUGCAACCCCGGGACUGGCCAUGCCCAGCUGGAGACCAGCAGCGAGGUCCAGGACGGGCUCUCGUCUCCCAGGGUGGAGGGUGACUAUCCUGUCCAGGACACUAAGAUGUGAAGCAGAGCUCACUGUGCCCUCAUGAUGACGCUGCUGGAGACAUCUCUUUGGAAGUAGCAGCAGCAAAUGAAGCCAUUGCAGAAGCAGAAUACGCUGAGUGUCGGAGCGAGCCUGCAGACACAGGGUGGAUUAUUCCCAGCCUCCACACUGAAUGUUCCCUCGUGGAUGGAGAUUAGAUCUGAGGGCAGCAGACUUCUAUCAGCUUGAGUUUAUGUCAUUUGAUGCCCUGGGUUUCAGAAAGAAAUUUAUUUAAAACAAUGCAUUGUGAUAACUCUCCAGGGGACACUGGUCAGCCUGUGGAGCCCUGGAUAGGACCCACACCCACCCAUCCCUGCUGGUGACCUCCGAACUGAGCUCAGAUUUAGCUUAUCAGAUUUUGCUUAUGUAAAAUUAUAGCCUUUAUACUGCUCUAAUGUUUGUAUAGUCUCAAAUAUAAGUAAAAACUAAUAGGUUUUAAGUGGUCAGAAACAAAAGAAAAUAGUAUUGCUGAAAAUACAAAUCCAGCAAGUGACAGGAGAUCUUACAUUUUAUCAAGACCCUAGAGACAAACUUUUGUCUUGGUCCAAAUUCAAGCUGGCCAACCAAUUUUUAAAACAUUGGACUAGAAGAGAUAAUGAUCGAAACAUUUUAAAAAAUGUCUGUUCUAUCAACAGCAGCAUUUCCUGUCCUGUGGUUUUCUAGUUGCUGGCCACUGUGGGAGGUCACUGCCUCCACCUCCCUUGACGAGGCUGUGGAAGCUCCCAUGAGAGGCAGGAUGUCUGGUGGUUUCAUGCUCUCAGCCUCAUCUUAUCCUAAAAGCAGAGCAGUGAGACCCAAACAAUGUCUGAUUUGUCCUGCAAGGAUGAAUGUUUCAUUUCUAGAAGUUUACCCUGGAGCGUGAGUAGAUGUUUCCUAGGAAGUGCCUUAUGUGCCAUGAUGUGCACGAUACAUCAUGAAAACAUUUUUCCUAGUGAGUUGGGGUCUUUAGUCUGUUCUCACUGGAUUGCUCUUGCUGUAAUACCGUGUUUCCCCCAAAAUAAGACCUACCCCAAAAAUAAGCCCUAGCA